AUGAAACAAUCUACGAUAGCAUCCGAAGUGGAUUAUCCAGAGCUUGAAAAUGGACGGCACGGCUCAGUGUUCUCUGUUUCGGGACCUAUCAUCAUUGCGGAGAACAUGAGAGGCUGCUGUAUGUACGAACUUUGCCGAGUAGGGUACGACCAGUUAGUGGGAGAGGUCAUCAGAAUAGAGAGAGACAGGAUUACCAUACAAACCUUCGAGGAAACAAGUGGUAUAGCAGUCGGCGAUCCUGUCACUGGUACAGGACAGCCACUAGCUGUUGAACUUGGGCCUGGAUUGAUGGGCACAAUCUACGACGGAAUCCAAAGACCGUUGGAAGCUAUAUCGUCCCUGGCAAAAACCAUCUACAUCCCAUGUGGAAUUGAUGUCCCGUCGCUCGACCGUAAAAAAUCCUGGGACUUCAAGCCGGGAACGUUCAGAGUCGGAGAUCACAUCACUGGCGGCGAUAUCUGGGGAAGUGUCAUCGAGAAUAACUUACUUGAUGACCACAAAAUCAUGCUUCCGCCGCAGAAGCUUUUGGCAGUUAAGUUUGACGGGAAAACCACGGAGUAUAGUAUGAUGCAUGUGUGGCCGAGGACCCUAGAUGCUCUCUUCCCAUGCGCCCAGGGCGGUACAGUAUGCAUCCCUGGUGCGUUCGGAAGUGGCAAGACCGUCAUCAGCCAAAGCAUUUCCAAAUUCUCGAACAGCGAUAUCAUCGUGUAUGUCGGCUGUGGGGAGCGUGGUAAUGAAAUGGCUGAGGUCUUGAUGGAAUUUUCUAUGCGGUCAAUAAAGCUCGAGGGUACAUCAGAGCCUAUACUGAAGCGAACUUGCCUCAUCGCCAACACCUCUAACAUGCCUGUCGCCGCUCGUGAAGCUUCAAUCUACACUGCUAUCACUAUCUCGGAGUAUUUCCGUGAUCAAGGGAAAAAUGUGACGUUGAUGGCCGAUUCAACCUCUCGUUGGGCCGAAGCCUUGCGUGAAAUAUCAGGUCGCCUAGGUGAAAUGCCUGCGGAUCAAGGGUUCCCUGCGUAUCUAGGAUCCAAGCUGGCUUCGUUCUAUGAGCGUGCUGGACGGAUCGUGGCUCAUGGCAGCCCGAAAAGAAAGGGUAGCGUCAGCAUUAUCGGUGCAGUCAGCCCUCCCGGUGGAGACUUUUCAGACCCCGUCACCAGCAGUACUCUUGGUAUUGUUCAGGUGUUUUGGGGCCUUGACACAAAGUUAGCACAGAGAAAGCACUUUCCGUCCGUCAACAUCUCGUUAUCCUACAGCAAAUACCUAGCAGUAUUGGAUGAAUACUACGAGAAAGAACACCUUGGCUUUCCGCAGCUGAGGGAAAAGAUAAAAGAGCUUCUAUAUUCCUCUGACAACUUGAAACAGCUAAUACAGCUGGUCGGCAAGGCUGCACUAGAUGACCACGACAGGAUAACACUUGAUGUGGCUUCACUGGUUGAAGAAGAUUUUCUACAGCAGAAUGGAUACAGUGAGUAUGACGAGUUUUGCCCUUUAUGGAAAACUGAGUAUAUGAUGAAAGCUUUUAUGCGUUUCCAUGAUGAGAGCCAACGAGUUAUAUCUGAGGGUCAUAACUGGGCAAAAAUCAAACAACUCACUGGAGGUAUUUCAAGCACACUCCGAAAUAUGAAGUUCGAGAUGGCUGAUGAUGAGGACACUGUGUCAGUGAAGGUGAGGAGUAGCGCGAAGUGCUAUUAUUUGAUCUAG